AUGUCGCAACAACAAGAAAAGAAGAACACGUGCCGCAACUCCAGCCCCAUCAUCACCCACACCCUCGCCGCCCCCGGGCUCAUCUGGGCCUUCACCGAGAGCAACUUCGGCACUUUCGUCGUGCCCAACAGCGCCUUCGGCCUCCUGGGCGCCCUAGCAGCGCGCUCCCUGGCCGACGGCCCGACGCCUCCGUCCGCCGCAGGCGUCCUCGCGCGCGCGCCCCUGGUCGUGCUGUUCAACUGGCACAAUGUUCUCAACUUCGACCUCGCCAACCAGAGGUCACCGGCGUCGGUGCGGGAGGACAGGCUCAACAAGCCGUGGCGGCCCAUCGUCACGGGCAGGAUCACGGCGGAGCAGACGCGCGGGCUGAUGCUGCUCACCGUCCCGUCCGCGCUGCUGUUCAACUACGCGCUAGGGGUGUGGAGGCAGGGAGUCUUCAUCUUGAUCAUCACCUGGCUGUACAACGAUAUAAGAGGGGGUGAUGGGAUGCUGCGGGACGUCUUGAUCUCAAUUGCCUACGGCCUGUUUAACAGCGCGUCGUUGGAGGUCGCCUUGGGGGACCGGAACAGUAUCAAUGACAGAGGAAUCAUUUGGACGGCUAUGGUCAGCGCGGUGAUCUUGACCACUAUGCAGAUACAAGAUCUUAAGGACCAGGCGGGUGACAGAACCCGAGGGCGGAAGACUGUUGCACUGCUGAUGGGGGACACGGUAUCACGGAUAUCUAUUGUGGCCUUUGUUGAGGAUAUAGUCGUAGGGGACUACCCCCUUGCUCGAGACCUUGUUGACUUUAAUAGGCUCAAUCUUCAGCACUACCUGUAUAAAGACAUCUUUGGAUACAUCCUCCAUCCCAAGAUCCCACGCAGUAAAAGGUCCUUGAAAAUCGCCGAUGUUGCAACCGGAACUGGUGUAUGGCUUUUGGACUUGUCAUCCCAGCUCGAUUCCUCCGCUGAGCUUGUUGGUUUCGAUACCGAUAUCACCCAAGUCGGGCCACGGGAAUGGCUCCCGGAGAAUAUGUCGGUCAUGGAUUGGGAUGUCUUCACCGAACCACCGGAUGAGCUUGUAGCAACGUUUGACAUCGUCAACCUGCGCCUAUUUUGUUAUGUCCUGGAAGACGAUCCGACAUUUGUGUUGCGAAAUCCUCCAGAGCCUGGAGGAUACUUGCAGUGGUGCGAGGUCGAUGUUUCGUCUAUGCGCAUCAACACCAGCAGCCCGGAUGUUCCGACGGUUAACCUUAGAGCGCUGUGGGACGAGACCAUUCCCAAGGGCACGCGGAUGACGCCCGGUUGGGCCAAGGACCUACCGCGGGUCUUUAGGGAGGAGGGACUCGUAGGGGUUGAGGCAGAUUGGCGGCAAGGGAAAGACCACACAGGCAUCGCAAUGCAUUUCUGUAACCUACCUGUGCAUGAGAUGGUCAUUGCGAAGCUCCGGCCGAGAAAUCCGCAAAAGGCGUCUGAAAUACACGAAGUCUUCCAAAAAGCCUUUAUAGAAUCUAGGAGGGGUGCUACCUACCAACUUAACAGGGUGGUAGUAAUCGGCCAAAAGCCUUAA